UAUUCCACAUAUCAUCAGCACAGUUUCAUUUACUCUGAACAAACACAGAUUCUCUGAAAUAAUGAAUAUUCAUUAUGAAAAUAAUAAUAGUACUGUAUAAAUAUACAUGCAUUUUUCUUCUUAAGCUAUAACAAAGAAAGUCUUGAUGUGCCUCGUGCAUACUUGAGUCAUCUGAGGUGUUUCCUGGUGGCAUUUUUUCCCCCUGUAACUUUAUUAUUAGCAUUUUUGGUGCGAUGAUGCGCAUAAUGAGAUUGCACUGUAAUAUCCGGGGGCAGGUCCAGAGUGGAGUGGGAGUGUCUGCGCUCUGCUCUCCCUUUCUACCAGGAACAGCGCUGGAGGAGACCCAGAGUGCCACACAGACCGCGCACUGCAGAGGAGAGAGCGGGACACAAACACCACCGGGGAGAAUAUGUCAGCUUCCUCACGCACCGAGGGACCUGUAAACCACCGGCGCAGCGCAGUCAAUGCAUAUCCACUGCCUCUGCUUUAGUUCUGCAGACAAACAUCGCCCUGUUUCACACUUAUGCUCCUCUGAAACCUUCCCUGCUGCUGCUGCUGCUUCUUCUGGUCCAUCCCUGUCCCCUCCUCCCCUGUCUUCCUCCUCCUCCUCCUCCACCUCCUCCGCCUCCUGCUCUCCGCCGUCCCGUCGCCAGGAUGGACAAGACGCUCUGCAGUCCGACCAACAAAACCAACUCUCCCUCCUCCGCGGCCGGCGCGAACUCAUCGGCGAGGAAGCCCGGUGGCGGUCGGACCGGGUCGCACAGCCCCGGCUCCGGCUCCCUGGGCGGCCCGGCCGGAGCAGGAGGCAGCCGGGGAGCUCUGCUGGGGAACAGCAUGAAUUUGCAGCAGCAGCAGCAGCAGCAGCAGCAGCAGGCGCGCAAGAGGCAGCUGGAAGGAGUGCUGAGCAAAUACACCAACCUGAUCCAAGGCUGGCAGAACAGGUACUUUGUGUUGGACCCAGAGUUGGGACAGCUGCAGUACUUUGUCAACGAGCAAGGGAAGAGCCAGAAGCCCCGUGGGUCCCUGCCCCUGAUUGGUGCCUCGGUAACCCAGAGCGACGAGGCUCCGCACAUGUUCAUUGUAAACUCUGUCAAUGGAGAGCUGUACAAACUCAGAGCCUCCGACGCCAAAGAGCAGCAGUUAUGGAUCAGUCAGCUACAAGUGUGUGCCAGACGUCACUCGGACAGCAGUGCAAAGAUGAGGAAGCUGAAGGGCUCAGAUGAACACCUGAGUGUGGAAAGAGCAGGAGGAGGCCAGGAGGUGCUGGGCUCCUCAUCCUCUGGUCGGACCCGUAGCUUCUCCCUCCUCCCCCACCUAACCCCAUCAUCAUCCCCGGGUUCCCAGAGGCACCUGGGCCACACGGCCACACCUAGCAACAUCGUCACCAUCACCCACCACAAAUCUCCGGCUGCCGCUCGGCGGGCCAAGAGUCAGUACCCAGGUCGGCUGCUCGAGGUCAAAGAGGUGAUGUCCCAAGCAGAGGGUCAGCAGAAGAAUCUGGUACAGUCCAUUGACUCUCUACCCACCAAAGGCCCUCUUUCCUGCCUGGACCAGGACCUGCUGCUGCUCAAAGCAACAUCAGCCGCCACGCUCAGCUGCCUGGGAGAGUGCCUGAACAUCCUCCAGCAGACCCAGAGCCACAGCCAGGCGCCGCCUCAGUCCCAGGCCUCCCAACGUAACCACGCCACCCACGGAGCCCCCUCCGAUGGUGUUCCUGUGUGGACUGUACCAAAGUCGCCCUCAGGGGAGCAGUUGAAGAACGGAGGUCUGACUCCUCUGCGAUCAGCCGAGCCAUCCCCAGCCCUCAGGAUAAGGAGUCUGUCCCAUGGUACUGAGCACCACCCAGGGCUAGAAGACAUCAGCCCCACUGAAGAGGUGACAGAUACAGAGGACAACGAAGAAGAGGACCUGGGCGUCCUGGAUGACCAGCGGAGCAUCAUUCUCCACCUGCUCUCCCAGCUCAAACUGGGCAUGGACCUCACACGGGUGGUGUUACCUACCUUCAUUUUGGAAAAGCGAUCGCUGCUGGAGAUGUAUGCCAACUUCAUGGCCCACCCUGACAUGUUCCUGUCGAUCACAGCCGGGGCCACAGCCGAGGACCGAAUAGUCCGCUUUGUGGAGUACUACCUGACCGCCUUCCACGAGGGGCGUAAAGGGGCUGUGGCCAAGAAGCCCUACAACCCCGUGCUGGGGGAGACCUUCCACUGUUCCUGGGAAGUGCCUCGGGACAAAGUCAAACCUUUGGUCAGAUCGAACCAGGGGUCGACGCGGGAGCCGAAUAGGGGCCCCAACAACGCGCAGCAGGGCGACGAUUCGCCGGGAGGCUGCUACAGAGUCCGAUUUGUGGCCGAGCAGGUCUCCCAUCAUCCACCGGUGUCAGGGUUUUACUGUGAGUGCCGGGAGAGGCGGAUGUGCGUCAACGCCCAUGUGUGGACCAAGAGCAAGUUCAUGGGCAUGUCUAUAGGAGUGUCUAUGGUGGGAGAAGGAGUCCUCUGUCUCCUGGAGCACGACGAGGAGUACGUCUUCACGUUGCCCUGUGCCUACGCCCGCUCCAUCCUCACCGUGCCCUGGGUGGAGCUGGGGGGCAAAGUCUCCAUCAACUGUGUCAAGAGCGGCUACUCGGCCACCGUCACCUUUCACACCAAACCCUUCUAUGGAGGGAAGGUGCACAGAGUGACGGCAGAGGUCAAACACAACCCGACCAACACCAUCGUGUGUAAAGCGCAGGGAGAGUGGAACGGCACGCUGGAGUUCACCUACAGCAGCGGGGAAACCAAAGUGUUCGACACGGCCAAACUUCCAGUCACCAGGAAGAAGCUGCGACCGGUGGACAAACAGGGGAGGACAGAAUCCAGGCGGUUAUGGCAACACGUCACCAAGUCGCUGAAGGAAGGGAACAUUGACGGGGCCACGGAGCACAAACACCAGCUGGAGGAGCGACAGAGGACGGAGGAGAAGCAGAGAGCAGCUGAUAACACACCCUGGACACCUAAAUACUUCACAAAAGAGGGAGAUGGUUGGCUCUACAACAACCCACUGUGGAAAUCGACCUGACAGCAGAGCUCUUUACUCAUGGACAACAACCGAGAUCCUGCCUCCACACGCUGAGGACGGAGGUCAGGAGGUCAAAUGGAGGGGGAGCGGUGUUCCCCUCCCUCCCACAGACCUUCAGACCUGAGCUUUAGACUCUGAGAGCAACACCGUGGAGAUACAGGAAACAAGCAAGGUGCCAAAGGGAUCUCCACUGAUACAACCAAGAAGGGGUUUGGAGCUCUUGGGACAGAAAGUACAUUUUUAUAUACAGUUAAUAGUAUUACUGUUCAAAGUAGAGUAUUUCUAUUUUUCACCUUGCCAAGGCCUUUUUUGCACAUGCACAGUAAUGAAGUCUGCCACUGGUGUUUUACUUUUUCUUUUUUUUUUAAUGAUCAAUAUGUUUUCUCAGACAUUGUCAAUGUUUGUUUCAAAGGCUUUUAGUUUGUUACGCAGCGUUAGAAUGAAUUGAUGGAAGUUCCCUGUAACACAUUAAACUGUAGCUGUACAUGAGUUGUUUAUAAAGCACUUUUACCAUAGAAAUAAAUGUACUAUUUUAUAUCUAUGGCUUUUACCAAUCAGGGUGGUCUCUAAGAGCUUUACGGAAGAGAGGAACACCUAAACAGAUUUAAAAUGACAUAAAUCCAGAGGUAAAAUGAGCAGAUGUGCUACAUUAGAUUAUUUGUUAGUAUAUAUUAUUAUACAGUGAGCUACUAGAAAGUAAAGGUCCUGAUUGUUUUGUCUGCACUAUGAAUGUAUCUGGACACAUUUUAAUAGUAAGUAUGCUACUUCCCAAUCUUGUACUGUGUGCUACUACCUGCUUUUUGUUUUACCUUUUCUGUUUCCUCACGUCAAUCCAUUUACAGUAUUUCACCCACCGAGUGAGACGCCUCCGCACAACAGACGCUUUCCAUUACUACCUCUCUCAUUCAGCUUAUUCCAGCCAUUAGCCACUUUUUUUCUUUCAGGAGAAAACACUGGUUUGUUUGUGGGCAAAAGUGUUCCUGGGUGUCCUCCAAUCUUUUCUGUAUCUGUGGCCUCACAAUGGCACUUGUGUAAUUAGGCAGCCGCUGCACACACAGCUAAUAUUUUCUCCUCAGGUCGCCCCUGGGUGAUGAAUAUGGAUGAGGAAGCUCUCUGGAAUGCACAGCCAUGUUCUCACAUCUGGGGGGUGGGGUGUCACUGGGAGGUUGCCUCUGUGAAGAUGAGAGGAUAAUCUACCAGAGUAACACUCACAUGGAUAGAACCAAGGUAACCACAGCCUGUUGGAUAGAACAGGAAAUGCAAUGGGUCAUACAACUGCAGUGCUCACGUUUUCACAGUGCAUUUACGACUGAUUAUGUUGUCAGCUUCUAGAUUGACUGACUUUCCUGAAACAAAGCAGAGAUUAAAUGAGAGCAAUUAACAGUGUAUCCACUUCAUGCCCUUUCAGUUGUUCAAUUUAAUUUUCAGAUGUAUUAUAGUGCUGGUAUUUUUAGUCAGGUGAAUUUACCAGAUGCCAGUUUUGUAGCCUAAGCCAAGACAGUACAGAAUAAACCUGCAGCCACUGAGAGAACAUGUCACCUA